AUGCCGCCUCAGUUCUUAUUCGUCAAUAAGGACGCCGCCAGCGCCUCGUUGACCCGCAGCGAUGCCGCUGAACAGACAUCCAUCAACUCUCAUGUCCAGCGUGGUCGUCGACAUCGGCGCUCUGCCACCAGCGCCAGCCGCGCCGGGAACAGGGCGAGGAAGAACGCUGCUCGAGGAGGUGCAGCUGCUUCUUCGCCGGAUCCUGUCCUCGCCGACUUGUCGCCAUCUCUCCCAUCCGUAAAGAGUGAGCCCGUGCAAGAUGACACCGGCGAUCAGAUACGUCUACCUUCUCGACCGUCUCCGCGUGCCAAAUUCGCCGAGAUAGCGACACGGGGAAAUCCCGGGUCAAAAGCCCCGGUUCGCAAAAAGGCUUCCAAGCCGCAGACACCCAAGUCGCCCGCGAAGACUUCUGUGGAGAAUGCAGUGGUGUUGCUGAAUUCUCCGCGCGCCGUGGCAUCUCCUCAGGAUAUCACUCAGAUCACCUCGACCUCUCUCGACCCCUUUGGCCAAUCGGUCGUCAAACUUGAUCCACAUGUCGCAAGGCUCUGUCGCUAUUUCUGCGAAAACUUCCAUCCGAGCGUAUGGCACGCUGAGAGUUGGGCCUCUCGGGGAGGGUCGUACACCCACAAAACUACCGCUGUGGAGGUCGUUCGAAGAGCCAUGCAAAGUGAAGUUGAAAUGAAUGCCAUGCUAGCCUGCAUGUCCGCCAGAGUCGAGAACGUGGACUUGGUCCCGGGUCAGGGAACGGACAAGUACAUGGCUAAUGCUCUGAAGGCAGUGCGGCGACGCUUCAGUUCUGCUCCAAAACAACAAUUGCUUUUAAUCGUCUUUCACCUAUACGCGGCGGAUGCCUACCGGCAAAACUAUCAAGCAGCGAAGAUACAUAUGCAAGCAGCAAAGGCGCUCUUCGAUUCUUGGGGUGGCCUACACCAUGUGCCAGACCCAGCGUUGAAGGAAUUGUUCAUCAUCGGGGACGGGCAUAUGUCUGCUGUUCUUCUAGAACCUUGCAGCUUGCCAUGCGAAUACGAUCCUGGGCCGUACUGGGAUAUCACGCCGCCUGAGCUUCAGCUUGCUCCCCGACAAGAUUUGAGCCGCUCCGCGCCAGCUUUGCAACGCUUAUGUCUUCACGGGCAUUUUCCGAAGGAAUUGGUGCAGAUCAUACAAGAGACGGCGGAAUGCUCGUGGGUGUUACAUCAUGCACCGCUUGGAGCACCGGAGGCGUCAAAACACGCCGCGAGAUGGCUACAGUGGCGUCACGCAGCUGUUCGAUAUCGACUCCUGGCCCUGGAAUAUCCAGGUACUAGCCUCGACGCUAUCCGCGUCGGAUUGCUAAUGUGGAUACUGACGUCUAUGGUGAUACUUGGGCUAAAGCGACUAGGAGGCCUGAUUGCACCAAAGCUGCGUACGAUUUUCUGGUCAGUCGACGAACCACAUGGCCAGUGGGAAGGAUUGGUCCAGCUAAAGACAUGGGUGCUUACAAUCGGCGCCAUGUGUUCUAUGGUUGGCAGUGAAGAAGAAAGGUGGUUCAUCGAGCAGCUCUUUGAGAUUGGAUUUGUCGAGCAUAUUCGACGGUUCCAGGAGACGCAUCCAGAUUUCGACACCCUAGAUGUGCUGAAGAACUUUCAAGAGAAGUUUUUUUACUAUCACCCUAUCCAACGGCUCAGGCUCGAAAGGUUGGCGCGCAUCCUCAGUGGUGGAUCGAGCGAGACACCCAGCUCGGGUUCGCAGAGCAGUCCCAGUGAUCUGUCGCGGAAAUCAGGAUCUCCAGCAUGA